AUGGUGGAUACACUUAGUGAAGUUGAAAUUGUAAAUGUUUUGGGUGCUGCAGACGAAUUAUGUCUUAAUGUACUAGUUGAAGUUUUACAAGGAGUAUUAAUGGAACGAAAGCAUUUAUGGAUGGACAAACAAUCAGUAUUAAUUUAUAAUGCUGGACAAAAGUAUCCAACUUCUACAGAAUUUGAAAAACAAGUUUCAAUAUUUAAACGUCUCUUACCACCUGAAUUACAUGAUCCUGAUAUUACUGGUUCAUCAGCAUUUUAUACAUCACCAGUUUAUUCUACUGUAGCAUCACGAAUUCAAUCCGUUUUAAUAAAUCCAGAUCAAGCAGCAAGAAUUGCAAGUUGGAUUGAUAAAUUAGAUAUCACACCGUUAGACAAUGGAGAAAAAUUAUACAAUCGAGAUCAAAAGUUUCUUCAACACACUUUAACUUCCAAUCAAGCCGUAGUUAUUAUUAAACCUUCAAAUUCAACAGAGAUUCUAGGAGGGUAUAAUCCAUUGAGUUGGAGUAAGAAAUCAAUCUCAUCAAAUAAAGAACCUCAAAAUACUGCUCCUUUAAAAGAUAGUUUCGUCUUUAGCUUGGGGAAUGAUGAAACAAAUGAUAUAUUGAGCAGAGUUAUAGAUCCUAAAGAUUCAAUUUAUUGUAAUGUUUAUUGUUCACCCGUAUUUGGAAAAGGUGAUUUAUUCCCUAAAGGUCAUUUUGAAAUUGGGCAACCAUGCGGAUGUAAACAAACUAGCUACCAGAUUGCUUUGAGGCAAAGUCAAGAACAAUUUAUUAUUGAAGAAUUUGAAGUUUUUCAA